UCUGACCGACCCUAGAGGAGGAGGAGGAGGAGAGGAGCAGAGGGAGCCAGGGAGCUGAAGUUGAUCGUGUUCCGGUGGGAUGUGAGCUUUCAAACUGCCUCUUUUCUUUAUUUCAUUCUUUGUUUUUUUGCGCAGCGCUGGAUGUGACGCAGUGUGGGAGCGCAGCGGACUGCGGCUCCUUUGGAUGCGGGAAAUGAACCUGCGCUCCUGUCAGACUCACGCUUGUAGAGGAAUUAGCGCCACAUGGAGACUUUUGCCGCUGUUUCUGACAGUCCGGCUGCGGAAUGAAAACUAAAACCUUUCCUUUUGAUGUGAACUCCGGGAUUCUUUCUGAUUCUUUCACCGAUUCUAACCUGAAUCUCCCAAAUCAACGCAAACAUGUACGCAGGGAGGAAGCGCAGGAAACCGGCGCAAAGGGGAGUUAAACCCAGUCCAGCUGAGGGCACCAAGACCAACCCCUCUAAGCGUCAUCGGGACCGCCUGAACUCAGAACUGGACCGCCUCGCCAGCCUGCUGCCCUUCCCUGAAGAAGUCAUCUCCAGCCUGGACAAGCUGUCCAUCCUCAGGCUCAGCGUCAGCUACCUGCGCACCAAGAGCUUCUUCUCAGUGGCGUUGAAAAAGCACCCUUCCAACGUUAUCAGCAGCGGCGAAGACGGCAGCAGGACUUCAGGAAACGCAGACGGCGGAAUUUCCGAGGGCGAGCUGCUGCUUCAGGCUCUGAACGGCUUCGUCCUGGUGGUGACGGCUGAUGGAAACAUCUUCUUCUGCUCUCAUACCAUCCAGGAUUACGUCGGCUUCCAUCAGACGGAUGUGAUGCACCAGAGUGUGUUUGAGCUGAUCCACACUGAAGACCAGCAGGAGUUCAAGAGGAACCUGCACUGGGCCCUGAACCCCCCGGUCAGCCUGGAGCCCCCCACCGAUCCUGCAGGUGUGGAAGCGACGUCCUCCCGCCCGGUCAGCUACAGCCCCGACCAGCUCCCGCCUGAAAACUCCUCCUUCCUGGAGCGAGCCUUCGUCUGCCGCUUCCGCUGCCUGCUGGACAACUCCUCGGGUUUCCUGCCGCUGAGCAUCCAGGGCAGACUGAAGUUCCUCCACGGUCAGAGCCGUCCACAGAGCGGGAGCAUCAGCCCACCUCAGCUGGCCCUGUUCGCCGUGGCGACACCGCUGCAGCCUCCCGCCAUCCUUGAGAUCAGAACCAAGAACAUGAUCUUCAGGACCAAACACAAGCUGGACUUUACGCCUAUGGCGUGCGACGCUAAGGGGAAAAUCGUCCUGGGCUACACCGAGGCCGAGCUGAGGGUGCGAGGAUCAGGCUACCAGUUCAUCCACGCCGCUGACAUGCUUUACUGCGCAGAAAACCACGUUAGAAUGAUAAAGACUGGUGAAAGUGGCCUGACCGUCUUCCGGCUGCUCACCAAAGACAACCGAUGGAAGUGGGUCCAGGCCAACGCCCGGCUGGUUUACAAGAACGGGAAGCCGGACUACAUCAUCGCCACCCAGAGGCCUUUGGCGGAGGAGGAAGGAGGAGAACACCUGAGAAAGAGAUCUAUGCACCUCCCCUUCACCUUUGCCACCGGAGAGGCUCUCCUGUACCAAACCAGCCACCCGCUGCACGGCUUCCCCGAUCCGUCCCACGGUAAAGCCAGAGGCAGCAAGUCCAAGAAGGGCAAAAUGGACAAGAGCUCCUCAGAUGAACUCAACCCUAACUCUCUGCUGGGGGCGCUGAUGAGUCAGGAUGAGUCCGUGUACGUCUGCCAGCCGGAUGCGGAGCCUCGGACGUUCUUCCACGGCGGCGGUCCCGGUGAGUCGGACGCCUUGUUGAGCAGCGGCAGCUGGAACCUCGUCUCCAACCGGCAGCUUGGGACGUGCAACGGGGACGGCUUCGACCCUCUUCUGUCGACGUUGGACUCUCUGUCCCUGGACGGAGACGACGCUUGCUCCAACAGCGAGCUCUUCACCGCUCUGGAGAGUCUGGGCCUCAACGCCGACGACCUGGAGCUGCUGCUGCUGGACGAGCGGAUGAUGCAGGUGGAGCUGGAUCCCAGUCACGUUCCCUCUCUGAGCGACCUUCUCACCAACAACGAGAUCCUCACAUACGUCCAGGACACUCUGCAGGGUGAGCCAGGGAGCGGUGGCCAGGCUGCGGACUCUGCCGCCCUGCAGCCGAUCUUGGCACCUGCUCCCCCUCUGGACCAGAGCGCCUUCAGGCAGCCCAUCGUCCAGCUGUCCCAGCAGAUGCAGCAGCAUCUCCAGUCACCCUUACAUCCUGCUGUGGUGCAAGCCGACAAUCCAAUCAGUUUAUCCGACAGUCUCUGGGUGGAGAACCAUCAUCAGACCCAGGUCAUAGAUCCACAGCUGGACGCUGAGCAUCUAGACCCACAUCUGGAGUCCCCCUGGCAGCUGCAGAUAAACACGGAGAGCACAGCUUCACCGGGUUUCCAGAACGGAUCUCACAUCCCAAAGCAGAGCUCAGCUUUCCUCCCAGAUUACAGCAUCUCCAACCCUUUGGACGGCUGCACCGGUCUGCUGAACGGCGGCACGGCGGCGGAAAUCUGUCAGCGUCUGGGCGUUGUCACCACGGCGCUGCAGCCAGCACAUCUGGGUCCGCAGAGACAGGCGUCGGCGAACUGUGGGGUGCAUGAAACGCCGCAGCUCGUCUCUCUGCCGGCGCUCAGCUGCAGCAUGUUCAGCCCUGCAGCCGACGGAAAGGUGGAGAACGGAUGCCUCCUCAGCUCUGCCAACGGAGGGUACAUCAGGACGUGUCUAAUUCCUGGAAGAAACGGCGUGGAGGCGUGCGACAUCGCCGUGUCGUGUACCGACGGAGUCUCCAACCUACCAGACCCCCAGAAAUCUGGUUUCUUCCUCUGAUUGGACGACACAGAGCAGAGGUGGGGCAGACGGACCUGCUUUAUUUGUUUUUUUUACAUGGAACGAUGAGGAUCUGAUCCUCUUUAAAAGACAUUCUCUGUUCACUGCUGUGGUGAAGAAAAACGUCCAAGAGGACGCCUCUUCCUGAAACGGUUCAAAGCGUCUUCAUGCUACCUGGAACAAGUCUGAGAAGGUUCUCCGUCCUCAUCGCUGCUGCUUUUGGUCCACCUUUUAAGAUUAAGGUCCUCUUAUGCAAACAGAUGUUGGUUUAAUAUCCCCGCAGCCUGGGAUAAUCUGCAGGGCUUAGACUCAUUUAAAUCUACUAAACAAGAAGCUUUAGUGGAGAGUUUAAUGUGGUCACAUGGAGCAAACGGGGACAGGAGAUCAGGUGGAGCAUCUUUGUCGUUUAGCAGAAGAUAUUUAAGGAAAACCAACCCCAGUUGGAGAUUUUAAAACAAUCUGCAGUAUCUAAAUGUUUUAUUCAAAGUGAUUUUAUGCUCACCGCCGUUUCUUUUUGUUCGGAAAAACGAUCAAGAGUAUUGGGGGCUUUAAAUGCACACAGAGAAAUCUAUAAAAAUAAACUUCUUCUUCUUCUGGAAGUUCUUAAAACAGAAGAACAGGAGCGUAGAAACGCUGAUGCUGCAUUUUGAGGUUCAUCCUGGUUUUCUGGUAAGAGACUCGGUCAGAGACGACCCGGUUUGUUCCAGAAAAGUUCAAAAGCAUUUUUAACGUUUCCUGAGCCGAGAUGGUCGUAGAAGCUCCGGUUGAUGCCUUGUCCAGGAAACAAACUCUGCCGAAUGGGAAAAACCAAACGUAUUCAAACCCUCAGCAGAAGAUAGGACCUAGCUGUUUAGUUUUCAUUUUAAAUCUAUAUCAGAUAUCACACACACACAAAAAAAAAAUAGUAUCUCCCGGUUCGAUUCAGUCGUGGUUAAAAGUAACUUAACUUUAGGGUGCGUUGGAUUUCACUGAGGUUUUUAGACAUUGAUUUGCUGCAUGGCAUUCUUUAAGGGGAGUCCUUCACUUUGGUACGACCUCAUUUAUGUUUCAGCGGUUCUGUAGAUCAGCAGCUGCUUUUGUGUCUGUUGUUCCACUUCACUUUUAGCUGUAGGACACUUCAGUAAACAGAGGAGUUCAGGUCCUGACCAUCACUCCUCCACCGCCAUGCUUUAUUAGUGUUCUAAAUGCCAGCUGUGCUCUGCAUUGUUACCAAACAUCUCUUCUUUGGUUUCCUGUGGUUUCCUCAGAUAAGCUAGCCUACUUCAUGCUGCUAUGUUGUUCUUAAGGACAAUUUCUGCUUCUGACGCAUAGCCUCUGCAAACGUCAAAUUUGUCUCUGUGUGCGACCACGCAGAGGUUCUGCAACCGCCGUCAUGGACCUAAAAAAAUCCUGACUAUGCGUUGGACGGUCGUAAACCCGUGCAGACCUCAAGCAGCUGUGAUUGGUCCUUGGUAUGCCUUUCCGGCUGUCUUUAUGGUCGUCCUUCUCGAUUCGGUUCCAGGGCGCCAUUUUUAAAAACCAAGGAACGACUACAAUGGAGAACUACGAUGAAAAGGUUAAUAGGUCUAUUUACCAACUCCAUUAAUAGAACCUGUUCCUCUUCAAUGUCUAGCAACUCUAGAUCCAUCUCCAUGAUCGUGACUUGCAGACACGCGAUGGUUGUUUGAAAGAUAAACACUCCCGCUGGCACUGCCAAAGUUCUUGUGAGCAUCCGCUGAAGUUCUCUUGAGUUCUCGAAUAGGCUCCCCCUUGUGGUUUGGAAACUGCUGUGCAUCCCUAGAAAUUCCAGACCGACGGAGCAGAAGCAAACCAGCAAAGCUGGUUCGCGACCAGACCCAAGCGGCAUUUGAUGUGUGCGUUUGCAGAAGUCUAAUCUGCCCUUUAGAGAUUCUUGUUCCUUCUGCCUUGGCAUGGUAUUCCUCAAGACAGAAAUCUUUCAUAGGGGCGGACACUAUUAUGAUGAAUACUGCUGCAUCUAAUCAUUAAGCCUGAACACACCAAAUGCGUCUGAUCUGAAGGAAAAUCGUGUUGGAGUAGGUCGUGGAGUUUUUUGCAGACUCCUGCAAAAACAAUCAAAAUAGAAAACUUUACCCAUGACAGCAAUUCAGGAAGACAGAAAAACAAUAAAGUGGUGAUCCUGUUUGAGCCUUGCAAAAAAACAAAAUAACGAGGGGCAGACAGAGCAGGUAAUAGAAGCUCGUCUCUCUCCCCUAUUUAUGAAAAGAAAGAAAAACAAAACCGUCGAUAAACUUGACAGAUCUUUCUCUGACAAUCACCUCCUACUAAUAAUAAACCGUCCAGCAGGCUUUACUGCUGCGUUUUCCCUUUCUUUCAAUGAGGAUCUCAUGUUUUUAAUAAAAAGGAUCUGUCCUGGUUUAAGAUGCUGUUCAGUCCUAUUAAGUGGGGCUUUGCUUUACAGCUGCGCUGCUGUUUUGUUUUAUUAUUCAUUUUAAUAGCUUUUCAUAAUCCAAGUCAAAUGUUUUAAUCUGUGUUCAACAAAGAGACAGAAGUGAAAAUAAUCAGCACAGAUCUGCUUAUUCUGCCUAGUUGGAGCCGCUCUGUAUAUCAGUCAGUGUGACGUGGGAAAAAGUCGGAUCAGAGACUAAAAAGUUGGAUGAAACCAGUAUGUUCGGACCUUAAGUGCUACUUUCUUCUCUAAAUCUCUGGAAACAAUAGUUUUGUUCUUGGGGUUUUUCUGUAGUCGAGGUUUCAUCAUUUUAGAAACAGACAGGAAGCUGAAAUCAUUUAACAUAAAACUCUACAAUUCAAACUGGUUUUAGUUCUUUUAACCACGACUGACUGUUAAAUAAAGAAGUUUUAGGUUGUGGUGCUAGCUUAUUAGCAGGUCUCAAACAGCAGCAGAUCUCUUCCUAUAAGUCAGGACUCUCUGUCGGUUGACCUUUUCAAUCCAGGUUCCUGGGAAGGAAUCAGACACUUUAUAUGCAACAAGGAGGCUGUUCACACCUGGUGAUCUCCUCACUACUGGGUCGGUUCUGAGAUUUAAUGGAUUCCAGCUCUGAGCAGCUUCUCCUCAUCAUUAACAAACCAGAGAUGGACCAAGAUAUUUCCCUAGAAAUAUUUUUGCUUUCUUCACUCCAACUGCAGUAAAACAAUCCUGAAAGCAGAUCUAAAGUAUUAAAGUGUUUUAAUGAGGGAGGAAGAUUUACUAUCCUGCUUUUAAAAUGUAUAAGAACCUAAAAAGCAUCUUGGAACCAGUUUAAACUGGUUGCUUCAAGUGUCACACGCUCUCCUUUCAGGCUAUAAUUUUAGUUUAAAUGGUCGUGGAGUCGUUUCCAUGCAUCCUAAUGAUUUCCUCUCUAUGACACUCCCACAGCAUCAUGCUGCCACCACCGUACUUCACAGUUUGCUCUUAAACAUGUACAUUCUUUUAAUAGGAGGGAGGUAUUCCGGGUCUUUUUUUAGACUUUUGCAUUUGAACCAUUUGUCUUUGAGUCCAGAUAUGUCAGCUGGCGUUCCAAAAUGAUGUUCCGACUUUAACUGAUCCAGUUUCCAUUAAAUGGACGACAGCAGCAGGUGUGAACAGCCUAACCUUUAGAGCUGCUGCCAUGUUUCCUUCAUCCCACUGUGACAGACCAUAAACGCUGCUACAGGGUAGCCGCAGAGACGCGAACGCGGCCGCCAUGUUUCUGGCCUGAUAGCUGCGUUUAGCAUUUAGCUCCAACUCAGAAACCAAAUGGGAAAUGUUAGGAUUUGGUGUUGAAUGUUCUCAAACACAGAUGUUUCAUUUAAGAAGAAGACAAUCAAUAAAAUGCAUUUACAGAUUUGCCUCCUUUGUUUUUAUACUUCUGUGAUUUUCUUACGAGACGAAUUAUUUAAGAGCACUUAUGAGAGCAAAUGCCGUAUGAAGACAAAUUAUAGAGUCAUUUUUAAAGAACCUUAAACUGAAUGGUUGUGUAUGUUUGUGUUCAAUGUUUGCAGAGGUGUUUAAUGUCACUGGGCUUACAAACUCUCCCCAGCACUGAAGGAACUCCUAAUGGAGGGAAAAAAAAGCAUUUUAUGAUGUAGAAGUACCGUUCUGUUGUUUUGCGUUUAUGUUUUGGGGAGUUUGUCACUUUAGCAGAAGCUAAUAUGGUCCCAUGAGGGCGAGCUGAGGCUUGAUUAGUCGAGAGUUUCACAAUAAAAGGAGCACAAAAGAAGCAUUUCUCUGUGUUAAGUUGUGAUUUCAGAUGUUUUUUUUUCUAUUCCACUUUGUCUGCUUGUUAACGUUGGAAACCAAACUCUCCUCACCGUGCUCGUCCGUGUUAUUCCAAUUAUUUAGCUACUUUUCUUCGUUGAAGCUCUUUGUCGUCAGUCAGACUUUUUUUUUAAGAAGGAAAAAAUGCAGUUUUGUCUCUGAGCGAUGUGUUGAAAUGUUCUCUGAGAUGCUGAAAAUAAACGUUUUUGUGCAAUCACA